AGAGGAUCCGGACUCGUGUAAGUGAUCCCCAAUUAUAAAAAAACAGUGAGACUAUACGUCAACCUCACAGAGUGUUCCUCCAAUAGUUGAAGUGCUACAAACAAGUGUGGACUGUGGAUCAAUGUUUCGGACAGGAAUGUCGAUUGUAGCAAGGAGAGGCAUCCAUUACAUGCAGAAACAGUAUGCAGGAAAAGUAUCCCCUGCUUCCCUUGAGCAAGGCCAAAAUCGUGUGAUCGAUGCUUCACUCACACUGAUUCGAGAAAGAGCAAAGCUUAAGGGAGAAGUUGUGCGUGCUUUGGGAGGUUCUGUAGCAACUUCAUCUCUUCUUGGAGUUCCUUUGGCACACAAUUCAUCAUUCCAUCAAGGUUCUGCAUUUGCACCACCCUGGAUUAGGGAGGCUAUUUGGUGUGAUAGCACAAACUCAACAACCGAAGAAGGAAUGGAUUUAAGGGACCCGAGAGUAUUAACUGAUGUUGGUGAUAUUCCUGUCCAAGAAAUUCGAGAUUGUGGUGUUGAUGAUAACAGAUUGAUGAAAGUCAUUGGUGAAGCUGUCAAGUUAGUGAUAGAUGAGGAUCCAUUACGUCCCAUUGUUCUAGGUGGUGAUCACUCAAUAUCAUUUCCAGUUGUUAGAGCUGUUUCUGAGAAGCUUGGAGGACCAGUUGAUAUUCUUCAUUUUGAUGCACAUCCUGAUCUCUAUCAUGACUUUGAAGGAAACUAUUAUUCACAUGCUUCCCCUUUUGCUCGAAUCAUGGAGGGUGCCUACGCUCGUCGACUCGUGCAGGUUGGUAUAAGAUCAGUAACUAAUGAUGUGCGCGAGCAAGUCAAAAAAUUUGGGGUUGAGCAAUAUGAAAUGCGAACAUUUUCAAGAGAUCGCCACUUGUUAGAAAACCUGAAACUAGGAGAAGGUGUUAAAGGCGUGUAUGUCUCAAUAGAUAUGGACUGUCUAGAUCCAGCCUUUGCUCCAGGAGUGUCUCACCAUGAAUCAGGAGGUCUUUCUUUCCGUGAUACUAUGAAUAUCCUGCAAACUCUUCAAGGCAACAUUGUCGGUGGAGACGUGGUUGAAUACAACCCGCAACGGGAUACUGUUGAUAAUAUGACCGCCCUGGUAGCCGCCAAGUUCGUCAGAGAGCUGGCUGCAAAGAUGUCAAAAUGAUCAAUACCCCUGAUUCCUGUUAUUUUCCUUAAUGCACUCCUAUCUGCAUCUGCAAAGCUAGCUUUUAAGAGUGACAUUUAGUUUUUACUUUUUACCAAACUGUUGCAUUUACAAAAGAUUAUGGUCUGUGCUUUUUAGCUUUGGCUACUGAUAAAUUUCGUGCAUCCAUGACAUGGAUGGAUUUGGUUUUAGCA